CUUGGUGAACUACGAGUUAUGAAGAUCGAAACAGUGAGACCAAACGCUUAUUUGGACGUCUCUAUCGAUGGGACUCCAACAGGCCGGAUUGUGGUGGAGCUCUAUGAUGACCUUGCGCCUAAGACAACGGAAAACUUCAGACUGCUCAUCGCGGCUGGAAGUUAUAAUGGCAAUGUUUUCCAUCGUGUAGUUAAGAAUUUCGUCAUUCAAGCCGGGGAUACCGUCCAUGGGAUGAUGAAGGAGGGUAAGGACUCUGAGUAUCCGCCUCCGGCGGCAGUGGGCACGGGGAAUGUCUCCUCAUUUGCCGAUGGUGCACCAUUUGAAGACGAAAACAUGACGGCCUUGGAUGGACCAUUCAUUUUAUGUAUGGCCAACACAGGUCCAAAUACCAAUGGGUCACAAUUCUUCAUUACUACGUACCCACAGCCUCACUUGACCGGGAAGCAUACGGUGUUUGGCCAUGUGGUUCAUGGUAAGUCUGUGGUGCGAGCUGUGGAAAGAGUAGACACAGAUGGUACUACCAACUUACCACGUCAACCAGUGAGGAUUGACGAGGCAGGUGAGUGGCAAUUAGGGAUGCCAGUGCCAGUGUUCAACGCCUCAUAUGACCAGAUUGGAGGUGAUGUUUAUGAAGAACAUCCUGAUGAUGAUACUCAUAUUGACCAUGAAUCAUCACUGAGUGUUCAUGAGGCUGCCACUAUCAUCAAGGGAAGUGGAACUCUUCUUUUCAAGGCCGGAAGGAAACAAGAGGCACUUCUCAAGUAUAUCAAAUGUCUCAGGUACGUGAUGGAGUUUUUCCCCGAUGAAGACCAAGAACCAGAUUGGUAUGCCAAAUACGUUGACCUCAAGGCCAAGUUAUACUUGAAUUUAGCACUUGUCAGUCUUCAAUUGGGUAAUCCAAAGAGAGCCGUUGAUUACUCUACUUUCCUUUUGGAAAUGGAUGAAAAACCCUUACCUGGUCCUGCCGACAGAGCCAAGGCACAUUUCCGGAAGGGUACCGGUCUUAUUGAACUUAAAAAGUAUAAGGAAGCCGUUGCUGAACUCCGUAAGGCAUCUGAAUUGGUAGAAGGCGAUAAGGCCAUUGAACGUGAACUUGAGAGAGCCACCGCCAAGUUUGAACAAAGUAAGAAGGAUGAGAAGGCGAGGUACGCCAACUUCUUCAAGUGAUAGACAUAAAUAUAAAGGGUAAGGGACCAUUAUGGGGGUCAGGCCUUUUGUUUAUAGACCUUUUAAUAAAUAGAUAAUUUCUUUGGA